UAAUCAUAACAGGUAGUCAGGUAAAUAAAAACACCUCUCUGACACAGAGCUGUAUCUCACACAGGUGGUUAUUCUUCAGUCUUCACAACAGACAAAGACAACGAGACAGUCAAGAUGAAGUUGCUGCUUGUUGUUUCUGCUGUUCUGGCUGUAUCCAGCUGUGCCAGCAUCUCUCUGGAAGAUCUGGAGUUUCACGCCUGGAAGCUCAAGUUUGGAAAAUCCUACGAUUCUCCAUCAGAGGAGAGUCACCGUAAGCAGAUCUGGCUCACCAACCGCAAACUUGUGCUAAUGCACAACAUCUUGGCUGAUCAGGGCUUCAAAUCCUACCAGCUUGGUAUGACCUACUUUGCUGACAUGGAAAAUGAAGAGUAUAAACAGCUGGUUUCCCGGGGCUGCCUUGGAUCUUUCAAUGCUUCUCUGCCUCGCCGUGGCUCUACCUUCCUUCGCUUGCCUGAAGGUAUUGAUCUGCCCGACACUGUUGACUGGAGGGAUAAGGGAUACGUCACUGGUGUCAAGGAUCAGAAGCAGUGUGGCUCCUGCUGGGCCUUCAGUGCAACUGGUGCACUGGAGGGUCAGCACUUCAGGAAGACAGGAACGCUGGUGUCUCUGAGUGAGCAGCAGUUGGUCGACUGCUCUGGCUCAUAUGGAAACAUGGGCUGCAAUGGAGGCUGGAUGGACUCUGCUUUCCGGUACAUCAAAGCCAAUGGAGGAAUUGACACUGAGGCAUCCUACCCUUAUGAGGCUGAGGACUGGAUCUGUCGCUAUAACCCUGCAAGUGUUGGUGCCACAUGCAGCGGCUAUGUUGAUGUGAGUAAAUUUAAUGAAGAAGCCCUGAAGGAGGCUGUGGCCACCAUCGGACCGGUUUCUGUGGCAAUUGAUGCUUCUCAGAUGUCAUUCCAGUUCUAUACAUCAGGAGUGUAUGAUGAACCUGGGUGCAGCAGCCUAGAAUUGGACCAUGGUGUGCUGGCUGUGGGUUAUGGUACUGAGAAUGGACAUGACUACUGGCUGGUCAAGAACAGCUGGGGUCUUGGAUGGGGACAGAUGGGAUACAUUAAGAUGAGCAGGAACAAACUCAACCAGUGUGGGAUUGCUAGUGCAGCAAGCUACCCUCUGGUCUGAAGUGGUGGAAACAAACUCAGCUACAUUUGUUUUUCCAUUUGAACAAAAUCUACUCAUGUUAAUCUUAAACAUUUGUUUAGAUAAACCGAAAUAUAUGUGAACAUUUAAGAUUUAUUCAAUCCAGGUUAGUGUUAGUCUAGGAUUUUCUUCAAUGUGGUCGAAAUAUAUAAUUUUACGUACAAAAAGUAAAUAAACUGAGAUGCAAACAU